GCUCUUUUCUCUCUCCCUUCGAACCUCACAGUUACCAAAGUCCAGCUUCAAGAUGUGGGAGUUCUGCGUGAGGAGGGUUCUCCACCUGCUCUCUGCCUCCCUCUUCACCAGCUGUGUGGCUGCGACUGGGGCUUCUCCUCCCACUGUGAACGGAACUCUGGGACACUCGGUCUCCUUACCUCCCGGGAUCCCAGUCGGACCGGACGUUACUGAGGCUGAGUGGAGACGGACAUCACCCAGAACCAUGAUAGCGAAAUAUUCGAAGGGGCACAUUGAAUACUUCGGUUCUGAGGAGUACAAGCGACGGGUAACUCUUCAUCCCGGGGACUUCAGUCUGGAAAUCUGUGAUCUACGGAGAGAGGACACUGGUGAUUAUGAGGUGGAUGUUUUAUCGAGUUCAGGAGCUGAGAAUAAAACGACAGUGCGACUGGAGGUGUACGAGCCCGUGUCAGGAACAAAUAUCACGGUUCAGAACAUCACCGGGACCUGCAACCUCACCCUGACCUGCUCCGUGACCUCAGGCAACCCCACCAGCUUCAGGUGGUGGAGGGGAGGGGAAGCUGUGGGAAAGGACAGCCCCCAUCACCUCUGGGAACACGGAGAGACGGUAGAGGUUCAUCACACAGCAGAGGUGGAGGACGUUGUGUACAGGUGUGAGGCCAGGAACCCCGGCAGUGAGGGCACGGCACAGAUCCGGCUGCGGGACGUCUGUAACAUAACCACAUCUGAAUCAGCGAGAUCAAACUGGACCAAAGUGGUGAUUAUUUCGGGUGGUGUGGCUUGUGCAGUUGUUGUUCUUGGCAUCAUUUGUCUGGUCUGUAUCAACAGAAAAAAAUCGGCGCCAGGACAAAGAGAGCCACUCACUCAAGACCCAUUAACCAUGAAUACUAUCUACGCACAAGUUCAGCAACCACGGGGAAACGCAGCCAGCCGGCAGUCUCCGGAGGGGAGCGAGAUGGUUCGCAGGCAAAGGGAGAGGCUGGAGAUACCCUGCACCGUGUAUGAGACGGUGAAGUCCCCUGCGACGCCAGUCCCUGGGCCAGCCAGGGCCAAGGGAGGAGCCCGCAGAAACCCCAGGGACAGCUCCUUUCAAGAGUACGAAACAGUGAAUUAUCCUGGGGUCCCACGCUUAGCCUCAGUCAGGAAUGGAGGACGACCCUGCGGAAAAUCCCGCCCAUUAUAAGUCAGGAGGUGACAGUCCUCCACUCUGAGUCUGGUGCCAUGUACACAGCCGCAGGCAGUGGUCCACACGUGUGUAUUGGGUGGGGGAAAUGAGUCCCACAUAUCCCAGCCUUGUGCAGUGAGUGGG